UGCCAGCCACUGUGUAAUUCCUUCCUUAAUGUAACUGUGUUGAUUAAUAACCUUCCUCCGGAUCACAGCCAGGAUUUUCAAAACAGUCUUGCGAUUAGCCAGUCAUAAGAUGCUUUUUAUAGAAUAAAUGUUUGGUUCACAGGAAAAAAAGAAAUGGAAGAGGAAGGAAGCAAAGAGGCUACUAAUGCUAGUCCAAAUGAUGGAGGGAAAAUAAAGCAGAUUUUACUGACCGUGAAGUCAAAUACGAACACUUAUGGAUCAUUCACAAAUUCACGCAGUGGCACAUCAGUCUCAAGUUUAACAUCAAUUGAUGAGCUUGAAAAUGACGAUAACAUUGAGGGAGGUGUUGAAAAGAAGGUCAUGGUAGCCACAAUUUUUCAAAAGAAUAAAGAUGACAUUGACUGUUUCCUGGCUGGAAUCCCUGUCAAAGUGAAAGUAACAGAAUUGAUUAGAACUCCAAGGUCACAUGUUCUCAACCCAAACCUCUACACAAUCGAAUUGCAACACGGUGGAUUUCAUUGGACUAUAAGAAGACGACACAGGCAUUUUCUAAGGCUGCAUACUGAACUCGUGAUCGCCAAAGCAACAUCCCAGCUCCCAACGACUAAACGAGAAAAGAUUAAAUGCAAGUUGCCAAGCUUUCCAAGAAGGCCUGAAAUAGCAGUGAUUGGACAAAAGCAAUUAGAGAAGCGGAAACGAGCUUUAGAGAAGUACCUGCGUGGGGUACUCAAUCUACAUGAAAUCAGAAAUGAAAAAGAAGUUCUCGAAUUCGCUGAAAUUAGCAUUGCAUCUUUUCUGUAUGACUGCGGGCAAAAGAAGAAAGAGUCCAUGGUUGAAAAGAGAGCUGGAGGCCGCCGUGCUGCAGCAGGAAUCUGCGGCUGCAUGAAUUGUGGAAGCUGUCAUUGGAAUGAACGAUGGCUGACUCUCAAAGACAGUUAUGUUCUAUAUCUGAAUCCAAAGACCAGAAUCAUUCGAGACCUUCUAUUGUUCGACUCAAACUUUACAGUUAAGUCCGGCAGAAAACACAGUGGUCAUAGGAGUGGGCUUGUCAUAUCAAACGACUCAAGGGAUUUGACUGUCAAAUGUCAAUCGCAAAGGGAUUCGAGAGAAUGGGUAACAGCAAUUGCAAAAGCCAUGGCCGGUUCAGGCUCUGAUUGGCUGAAAGAGCAUCACCAUGAUUCAUUCGCCCCUGUGAGAAGAGAGAAUAAAGUUCAAUGGUUUGUGGAUGCUCAAGGAUACAUGGAACAAGUUGCUGAUGCAAUUACAAAUGCAGAGGAAGAAAUCUUCAUCACUGAUUGGUGGCUUAGCCCAGAGCUUCACUUGAAACGUCCAGUCACAGACAUGAAUAAAUGGAGACUUGACUUGUUGCUGAAAGAAAGAGCACACAACGGAGUUCGAGUUUAUGUGAUAAUGUAUAAAGAACUAGAAAUGGCUUUAACUAUUGACAGUAACUACAGCAAGCAAGUUCUGCAUAGCCUUCACGAAAGCAAUGUCAAGGUCCUUCGACAUCCUGAUCACCUACCUGGGUCUGGAACAUUUUUAUGGGCACACCAUGAGAAGAUCGUUUGUAUUGAUCAAAAGAUUGCUUUUCUAGGAGGUGUUGAUUUAUGCUUUGGCCGCUGGGACAAUCACAAGCACCCUCUUACAGACUUCGGUUCUGCUCGACCGAGUUUUCUGACAAAGACUGAAAGCACUAUUGCUCACAUGUCAAGAUUCCUUGUCGAUGCAUUUGGCGCGAUUCCAGCAUCAUCGUCUUCAGGUGAUGUUUCUGCAGAGGUAGAUGGUGCCGAUAAGACUGACCAGUCAAAAUUAUUCAUCGGCAAAGAUUUCUGUAAUCCAUAUCUGAAAGACUUUUAUGAGUUACACAAGCCUUUUGAAGAUUCAAUUGACAGAAACCUGUUCCCUAGAAUGCCUUGGCAUGAUAUAGCUGCUGUUGUUUACGGGGCUGCUGCCAGAGAUGUUGGAAGACACUUCAUCGAGAGAUGGAACUUCACCAAGAGGCUUAAGGCCAAAGAAGAUGAAGGAUAUCCUCUACUCCUACCGCGGUCAUACUGCCCAGUUCCUGAUGUUAAACCAUUCGAUGCUAACAACACCAUUGUCGCCGACUGCCAGAUUCUUCGCUCUGCGUCCCGAUGGUCAGCAGGAAUUUCCACUGAAGAUUCAAUCCACAAAGCCUACAUCGAGACAAUAAGGAAUUCAAAACAUUUCAUAUACAUUGAGAACCAGUUUUUCAUCACAUCACUAAAGUCAGAGUAUGUAUACAAUGAAAUUGGGGAUGCCUUAGUUGACAGAAUAGUCAAAGCUCACCAAAACGACGAGAAAUUCCUAGUGCUGGUUGUGAUGCCAUUGCUGCCUUGCUUUCCAGGUGAAAUAGGCCAGCCAAGUGGCUCAGCAAAGCUGAUUGUGGAGCACUGGAAUUAUAGGACCAUCUGCCGAAGCCCUGAAUCUAUUUACGAAUUGCUUAAAGGAAAAGGAGUGGAAGAUCCUUGUAAAUACAUACGAUUUCAUGGGCUGAGGACUUACGAAGACCUCCAAGGAAAACUGGUUACUGAAGCAAUCUACGUUCAUAGCAAAUUGAUGAUUGUCGAUGAUCGUUUUGUUAUACUUGGUUCAGCAAACAUCAACGACAGAAGUAUGCUGGGGAACCGAGAUUCAGAAAUUGCAAUCAUUGUUCAGGAUACGGAAAUGGUCGACUCACAAAUGGACGGAAAACACUACAAAGCAGGACAAUUUGCCCAUACCCUAAGAAAGUGGUUGUUCAGGGAACAUCUCGGCUUAUUGUCGGACACAGAACGUAGUGUUGCUGACCCGAUUUCGGAUGAAAUGAUUAACUUUUGGAGGACAGCAGCUGAAGAAAAUACUAAGAUAUACGAAGAGGUAUUCGGAUGUAUGCCGAGCAAUGAAGUCAAAUCAUUUUCAAAUAUAGCAAAAUAUAAUAGUCGUAAUCGACUUGCGGAAAGUGAUCCAACUUCCGCCAGGCAGCUUCUAAGAAAUUUACAAGGACACAUAGUAGAGAAGCCGUUGCAUUUCUUGGAAAACCAAGAUAUGCGGCCUGCUGCAGGUACAGCAGAAUCCCUUGUUCCAGCUUCCGUAUUCACGUGAGUUUUUGGCCCGUGAGCAGUGUUUGUAUUGGUCGCUCUUUCAAUUUUAUUGACAGUUGAUUGCUAUAUAUUCUCGCAUCAAAAUAAGUGUGGCUGUAGCAAAAAAUAAGUUGGACACCAGUAUAUUUCUGAUGAGGGAAAAUUUUUAUGCUUAGAUACUUGAAAUUUCUAUAGACAGCUAAGAUAUGGGUUCUUAAAUGAGCUUUUUUCUCAACGCUCAAAAUUUCAUCCUUCGCUAUUAUUUCAGGUUAGAUACAGUUUAUCCCUUAGAUUUCUGCGAUUUUCUUAUGGUAUUUGAAUCAGAUCAGAGAAUAAAUGUGAUUUUCAUCAGAGGAUUAACUUCAGCAUUAAUCUUCAAAAUAAGUCCCAGUAAUAUCAAAUUGAAACGGGUUCUUAGGCAAUGCUAAAGACUCCAUCGUUUCAGUUACUAAAUACCUUUAACUUAAUAGGAAUUUAACUUUAGAGAGAGUCCUGAUUAAAGAAUUACCCAAUACUGUCUGCACUUCCAUUUAUCAAGCAAUAGAAUUUCAAAAGCGUAGCGUUAUUCUAGAUGUUGUAGAAUUGGCUUCUCAGAUGUAUUUUUGUGCGACUUUAAAUAGGUGUAUUUAUCCGCUUUUCCCAUUGAAUAAGUUAGCAUUGUUGUAAACGAAUUUGAUAAUAAUUUCUCCGUGUAAACAACAGUUUUGCCAGUAUAUUGUGGUACGUGCACGCUUUGUAUUAUAUGGGGUUUACCUAAAAUUAUUGGCUUGGCAUUGUUGCAACUUAUUGUCACAAAGACAUCAACAACCAAAGAUCUAGCUUUAUGACGUCAUCGUUGAAUUCGUUUCCAGUCCUCAAAUCAAUAUCAAAUUGAAUAUGAAUGGCUUUCGGUUUCUCCCAGAAGUCUCAUAACUACAUCUUUUCCCUUUCAAUAUAAUGAAGUCUUGUCAUAAAUUCCUAUAUUUGCGAUAUGUCAUUGUUUUUUGAUAAUCUGCAACAUGUCUAAGUCUAUUUAUCGUGAAUAAUUUAUCCUUCUUUCAGUGAUUUAAAAUGUUUAUCUUGUAAUUGAAAUUCACAUUAGCAUUUUAAGCAAUGUAUUUUGAAUGAAGAAUUGAAGUCGUUUGCAUGUAUAUUUUUAUAGCAUUCAAUUCGAGUGCCAGGUUUAUAUUUGAUAACAUUACUAGUCAAAUAGAUUGCCAAUGGAAGAGAAGAGUUUUUGUUUUCAGCAUAUCUCAAUCAAGUGUAGCCUGUUAAACCUAUUCAAUAAGAUUAAACCUCUUGGAUCUGAAUGAACCUAAGAAUAAACCUCCUGAAUUUUUGCUCAUCGUCAGUGAAUUGGUUUAUGCAAGGUUAGACUUUGCAGUUUGAUUAUAACGAACUAUCUCAUGAAGUGAUCACAUGAGAGCUUCACUUCCCGAUUGCUGGUCAUACUUGUCACAACCAUCGCGUGAGUUGAUCACACGAGAGCUCCAAAUCUUGAUUGCUGGUCAUAUCUGUCGCAUCUUUCUCGAGACAUGAUCACAAAAAGCUUCACAUCUAAAUUGCUGGUCAAACCUGUCACAAUCAUCUCACGAAGUGGUCACAAAAAAGAGCUUCACAUCCUAAUGGCUGACCAUACUUGUGAAAACCAUCUCGCGAAGUGGUCACAUGCAAGCUUCACAUCCUAAUGGCUGACCAUACUUGUCACAACCACCUCGCGAAGUGGUCACAUGCAAGCUUCACAUCCUAAUGUCUGCCCAUAAUUUUCACAGCCUUCUCGUUAAGUGAUCACAUAAAAGCUUCAUGCCCUGAUUGCUGACCAUACUUAUCUCAACCAUCUCGUGAAGUGAUCACAUGAUAUUUUACUCGCGAGCAGAAUACUGUGCUGCAUAAUGGUUGUAUAACAUAAUAGUUUGCUCAUUGCAAAUGCCAGCUUUUUAUCCUUUCACAAGCCCUCUGACACUUUGUGGAAACACUUUCAUACGUUUUCGCUAUAUCUCAUUCAUUUUAUCUUGCGUGUCAAGGAAUUUUCAUUACGCAGCCCAUAAUUUCUAUUUUUCUUUAGAAAUUCAGGUUUAAAUAUACGCCAAAUACACCUUAAAAAGAGAAAUCAAGCUUCUAGUUCUGUCUUUUACACCAGUUUGUUUAAUUUUAUAUGACCCCCGCGUUUAGCUUUUAGAUCACAAUGAAUAUUGCUUUCAACAGCAAUCUCAUUAGGACUUUCAAAGACCUAUGUGCAAGCUCUUCAUUGCUUUAGUCCCAAUGCCAGUUUUUUGUACACCAAAAGCAGCUAGACUGUUCCCUUGUUUUUCAAUUAAGCUUGAUAUAUAUAUAUAUUAAAGAGGGCAUCGUGUAUGUGUUGGUAAAAGGCGGAUGCAUAAAAAGUAUGAACGAAACGUAUUUACACUGGACAUGGAUCAAAAGGACGUCAUCUAGAGAGACUUUAAGAAGCCCAUUUACCCGUGUCCUGGUUGUUAAAGUCCAAUGAUUGUUUCGCCUGUAAGUAUUGCACUUUCGUUUUAAAAAUAUGCACUGUCAAAUGCAUCGCUCAUUGCAUUGGUUGUUUUUAAAAAAAUUUCACAAAAAAGCGAUGAAAUUAUCUCAAUUUUACAAGAGUUUUCUUAUAUCUUAUAAUUUGAUAAAUGCUUCUUAAUAACAGCUCAAACUAACGAUAGAGUAACGCAGCGGUAUCUCGGAAUUUUUAAAUGAUCCUGUUAACGAUCAGUGCAGAAUCAGAACAAUAAUAGUAGACUAUUUUUGUCUAAAAUAUUUCUAUGCCAAAGAGAAACAAAUUCUCUACGUUGUAUUCAAUAACUGAGUUGAUAUUCUGUGAUUUUAACAGAGAUAAAUUGAUAUCACGAGCAAGCUGUCACUUCUGUAGGUUCCUCUUAAACAGUGAUAUAAGAUAUCAUUUCAUUGGCGAUUACAUUAUUUGUGGUAAAUCACUUUCAAAAGGUUUCUUCUUUCAGAGUGUUGUUUCAGACAGGGGAGCAAUCCCGCUCUGUUAUCAGAGAUGUCACAAACUAUGGCAACAGAAAUUGUGAAACAGACAAAAGUAAGAUGCUUUACUUAUGAGAACGAAAAUAGAUAUCCUUUUUACAAAAUCUAGUAACUGACACGUUAUCCCCAAAAAAGAUAAAUAUCCCAGCAUAAAACAGCUAGACUACACAAUGUCUAAAUUGUCCCAAAUAAUAAAUAAUACCCAUCAGUCUCUUAAAGUUUGUUCCUAUCUGUGGCCAAAAUAGAUAGCUAUAGUUUUCUGAUAAUAACUUUUAGAGUUCGAUGUAAUUUUUAGUAGUGCUGAAGAAUUGUUGAAUAGUUUUAUAAUUCUUUCUCAAGUCAAUAAAUGUCAAGUCUUUAUAAAUCUCCUAUUUGCAUUGCAAAUUUGGCAUAUAAGUAUCUACAUGAAGAAAUGUCUAGUUUUCCAGUAUCAGUGUUGGUCCUUCGUACUUUCUGAUUCUUCCGGUGAAGACUAAUCUUCAAUGAAGAGUAGAGUAUUAGUUUCCAGUCUUUUUAUUCUCGUUUAAGAUGCAGUCGCCGUUUGCUGGUCAUCACCUGGAGAAAAAGAACAUUCAAGAACACGUGAGUUUUUUAUGAUAAUUGUGUUAACCAUUAUCAUCUUAACUUUUAUUCUUUUCCAUUUUUAUGUUAUUCUGUUAUUCUUUGCUAUUUUCUAUGGUAUUGACAGGUAAUCUGCUAUGACUGUAUUUUUCAAGGUGCCCUAAGACCCACUUAACUAUCUACAGGAUCUCGUCAGUUUUUUGGAUUCUCGAUCGCCGUUUUUUUUGCUCCAUAUUUUUAGCUUUUAUAUUUAAUAUUUUUGCAUUGAUAGAGAAUCUUACAGCAGAUAAACAACAAAUGUCGCGUGUGUUCUCUUUAGUCAUGAAUAAAUUUUCCAGAAUUCUUGCUGUGCUUCAUUGGGUGAUUUGUAUUUCAACUUCUUACUCUAAAAAACUGAAGCUGCAGCAAAAAUCAUUUACCCUUUGUAUUUUCACUAUGGUAUUAUUUUGUAUCGAUAAUGGCUGUUCGUUUAUUUCUUUGCAAAAUCCGAUCUUUUAAGGCACUAUACUGAAUGGUAAUUUGGCUACUUUCCUGUAACUUUUUCUAAGAUUGCCGAAAUAGUUUUGGUUUAUAAUACUUCUCAAUGUUCCAAAAUUUUCUCAGAAGUAUAUGAUGCGGAUUAGCAGGUUAACGCCAAUUUUGGUAAUUUCUGGUCAAUUUCGUAAUCAAUUUUUUUUAAAAUAUUCUGAUCGCCGAACUGUGAGAAGUGAGAAGGAAAAAAAAGCAGAAAUUAGUCAGUUAGUUGUAAAAAGUGUUAUCUCAUCUAAUCAAAAUGCGAUUAAUUAUUAUAAACCAAACAUUGCAAAUUCGAAUAGUAUCAUAGCUCUUAUUUGUGGUUGAAGCUGUACCAAGCCUCAUAUUUGAAUGGCCCUUUUUCUUGCAGCCGCAGUCGAAGAGCUUUUUACAUUACAAUUUUUGAGUUUCGAACAAAAUCCAAGUAUAAUAUUAUAAGUUUUUCCAGUCAUCUAAAUGCAACAUUUGGUUUUAAACGGUAGAUGAAUCUUUAUACAAGAUCCCUAUAAUCUAGGUUAUUAGUGGUUAUCAUGCUGUGAAAAAUGUCUCCAAUUCUAAUACGAGCUAUAUAUUUAUUAUAUUGCAUCAGCUCUUCUCCUCUGCCGCCCACAGUAUAUCCCAAAGUUAUAGUUACAAUUUCCCUACGUCAAGAAUGGUUCAUUUGUCCUUCAGUUUCUCAUCCUGUUUCCAGGCUAAUUAUAGCUUGAUUACAAGAUAUUUCAUAGAAAUAAUCUAUGCUGUCAUUUAUUUCUUGGAAAGUUCAUGGUUAUGUAUGGAUGGUCGAUUUCUUUAACACUGAAUCUUUGCUCGAUUCGCUGUUGUUGUUGUUGUUGCUGUUGCUGUUGUUGUUAUUGCUGCUCGAUUCCGAGGCUUGCUCUUUGGCCUUCCCUUUUGUUUUUUCAGGUUUAAAUUCAACUAUAAGAUCGAAGUUGGUUAGCAUUAUAGGGUUAAAAGUUAUAAGGCUAGAAGUUGAAAUUUUAUUUUUAUUAGUUUCAAUUAGCAGAAUGUUUUCACAUAAAUCUAAAGAGAUUAAGUAAGCAGAGAAUAUAAUUUUGAAUGAUUACGUUAUCAUUAGAUACAGUGAAUCUUGUAUAUAUGUUGGUUUAGAGCAUUGGUUUGAGAUCGAGCUUUCUUGAAGAUCAAAGAUUAUACUAAAGAUUCUGGAUUUUUGGCUUUUAAUCGCUGUAUCAUCUUUUAAAACAUUGUGGUUGCAAGCAAGAUUGUCUAAACUGCUCACGAAAUGCUGAAAUUAAUUCAGCUGUUCUGUGAGUUGAUUGGCUUAUACCAAUCUAGUUGUAUGUUUAUUGGUUGAGACUGUUCCAAUCCCUCGAGUAUUCUAUUUGCACGACACACUUCCUUGAAGACAACUGGUUGUCUUUGAGAGUCAACUUACAGUAACGGUUAUAUGUUAGUGUGUGUAACUGUCAGUUUCCCCCUUGGAAUUUACUGAAAACAUCGUUUUUUCAAUAAGUCUUUCUAUCUUACUUCUGUCUGUGGCUUUCAGAAUAUUUACUGGUCGAUCUCAUUACCUUUAUUGUCGGCACUCGGCCCUUUUUCAUCCGCCGCUACGUCGCUUUUGCUUUCCCCGCCAGCUCCUCCAUCUCCAGCAAUUCCUGCAAUACCAUCGGAUCUUCCACCACCAGUCUUCUCGUUCAGGUUAUUGGCUGAAAGACAUAAUGUGUCUCAUUAGCAUUUGUGUAUGCAAUAAACGCUACUACUCUUUGUAGCAAAUUUCUUUUUAACCCGAGAGAGGUUUCGUGUAGGAAAUUAUCUUAGCAUCCUACUUUAUUUGCAAAAAUGUAGCACUUGAUUUUCAAAUUUUCUUACCUCCAGAUCCGAACUUGCACUUCUCAAAAAGCUGCUUGAUUUCCUCUGGGCUCAAGGCAUAGUUAUAUAUCCUAAACUCGUCAAUGAGACCGCUGAGUGGUCUGUUCAUCUUGUUGUUGCCAAUCUUGGCCUCUGCUCCCCAGUCACGUGAUAGGUAACCGUUGCCAACUGAGUGGUUCUUGAUCUCUCCAUUGAUAAAGAUGUUGGCGAAUCCGGUUGAUGCGUUGUAUGUACCAGCAAUAUGGGUCCACUCGUCUGAAAAUGAGAAAUGGAUUUUACGUAAAGUGUUUACGAAGCUCUCUUAUUACUUACUUUAUGAGAUACUCCUUAUUAGGAUUUCACUUGAAAUGUCAAGGAAACAAAUCAUCUUGGAGCCUUCAGGCCCUUUUACUUCUAGACAUCUUCCUCUAGGUUGCUAUUUAACUAAUUAUUGCCUUUAACACGACGGAUAUACGCACCAUCACUAUCAAUAAGAAUUAACCUCAUCGUCAGCAACAAUCUACUCACGUGGUUUGACUGCAUGAGCCUCAGUUUCGAACACGACGUUCUGGCUCUCGUUUCUGUGGAACCAACGCACGUUGCCGUAGUUGACCUCAAAAUGAUAUUGACCCAUUGGGUGAGUGGCUCCAACGGUGUGGAAGAUUGAGUGAGAGCCAUCGAUCUUCACAAGGUAGAUCCAUGCUGCGACAGUGACGGCCACCUUGGGCUUGGCUUGGAAUUCGGUGCUCUGGAAACUAAUGUCUACACACCAAAGGUAGGCGACGUUGCCACAGUUGCUGUCUGGGAUCU